CGUGGGAGAUCAGCGUUUUGCUUGGCUUCCGACCCUUUCUUAUGAGCUCACCAUGUGAUAUGAUCGUGAUUUGUUCAAUGGGAACCAUGUGUGGCUCUCCUAGACCGGAGACUCAAAGUUGCCGUUUCGGCCAUACGCCUACCCCGUCCCUGAUGGCCCGCUCUACAACAAAAUGAGAGAUGCUUUGGGUCGACUGUGUCAGCGACAGAUUGCCGAUAUCGACCCGGAGAAUAUCUUUUCGAUCGUAUACAACCUCCUCGAUGCCAUCGAUCCCGCCGCCGGCGCUAGUAUGGAUCCAAUCAAGCUGAGCAUGGGCCGACUGUACAUCCCUUCAGACCUACUUCUUCAGUCCGAAACGCUGCUCAAGAUCGAGUCCAGUAUUGUCAACCAAGGCGUCACAAUAAUCAGCGCCAUGGGCGGUAUGGGCAAAUCGGUUUUGGCCCGACAAUUCGUCCACAAUGCCGUCAAAACACAAUGCGCAUAUAGCAACGUAUUUUGGGUGACGUGCUCCUCUGUCGAAGCAGCGACCGAUGACCUUCUCUCGAUUGAGGAGUUUGAGGGCGUCGCUCACAAGGAUAUACUGGGCCAUGCCUCCAAGUUUUUCGAAGCCCAGAAGCGCUAUCUCCUGGUGAUUGACAAUGUCGACGAUAUCGAGGUGACCAACCAGGUCUUUGCCAAGCUCAAGCGAUUCGGAGGAGAUGUGUUGAUCACCACUCGCUAUGAAACCCUCCCGCCGGGCAAACUCCAGCGAGCGCUGGAGAUGACAAGCGGCUCCCGAAAGCAAAGUAUCCUCUCACUCGAAGUCUGGGACACCUCGAAGACAAAAGGCUACAUACUCUCUCGAUGCGACUCCUUGCACACUGCGGUCUCUACUCCUGCAGACAAGGUACACUUCGAGUCGCUCCUCUCUAUCAUCAAUGGCUAUCCUAUUGUGGUCGAGCAGUUCAUCUCUUACUACGAGGCGCGUCAGCCACCGCUCUCGGUAGUUGUAACGGACUUUAGCAAGAUUCUCUCGCAUCAAGGCUCCAAUGAAAGCGACGACGACGACCCUUCGAAGACGUGCUUGCGGGCCCUGGUCGAAUGGGCGCUCAGAUGGCUGAACGAGAAGCACACUUCUUUUGCAAGCACUGCAGUGAAGCUUUGUGGAGCUGUGGGGUAUUUGGAUUCCAGUUGGAUUCAGUUCCGGCUGCUUGAAAGUCUUAUCAAGCGAUUUGAUCCCACUUGCGAGCGACCGCCUGAUGUGAUAUACGCUAUGCAGCAGGUUGGGCUGCUUCGGCGUCGAUCGGGCGAUUCAUAUUACACGCACGGACUUGUCCAACAAGUCUCUCGAGAUCUGUGUACAAGUGGAAAUAGCAUGCAGGAAUAUGGGCUCGCAGAUGUCGUUCGGUCUACUGCGGAAGUACUGUGUGAAGUCGUCGGCAGUUUUCCGUUCAGCAAAAGCGCCCUUGAGAUUGGAAUCCAUCUACAGGCAUUUGCAUCCGUGACCUCUCCUAAGCAAUACGAUCAAGAGUAUCAAGUCAAAAUCGACUUGAUCAAUGCUGACUUGGCAUAUUCUCGAGGAUUGCUCCGAGUCUCCAAUCAAAUCUUGGUUCAAGCGAUCGAAAAAAUGGAGAUUUUCUACGGAACUAGAACACAGCCCUUGGUGGCCCAGGCAUAUCACCAACUGGGAAUCGUGGUCGAAGCGCAGGCCAAGUAUACGGACGCUAUACAGCACUUUCAGACUGCGCUGGCAAUCCGAGUCGAGUAUUACGGAACACGUGAACAUUCCUCGAUUGCCGAUAAUCUGAAUCAGCUUGGAAUGGUCACCCGAAAGGUUGCAAGCAUCCAGCAAGCCAAGGUCUACCACCAGGAAGCAAUCGAAAUUGCUGCAAAGUUGCCGGAAGCUGAGGGCCGCGAAGUUGAAAGCGGUGCACACUAUGCCAUGGGGGGAAUCGACAUGGCAGAAGGUCGAUACAACGACGCCUUCAGCCAUUAUUCCAAAGUUUUGGAGGCCGAAGUGCUGAAAUACGGUACGAGAAGUCAUCCUUAUGUCGCAGGAACGCUUCAUGCCCUUGGUGGCGUAAGUUUGGCUAUGGAGAAAUACAGCGAUGCCCGGGCAUACCACCAAGAGGCUCUCGAAAUCAAGAUUGCAAGCUACAACACGCGGAAGCAUACCUACGUAGCCACGUCAUUGCAUGCUUUGGGUGACGUGGCAAUCGCCGAAGGCAAGCUUGACGAAGCGCUCACUUACUACCGAGAAGCACUGGAUAUUCGUGUAGCUGGAUUCGGUACGCGUGAGCACUCGGGUGUCGCAGCAACGAUCCUUCAAAUCGGUCGAGUAGCCGAGGCCAAGGGUGAUUAUGAAGUUGCGGCGGCCAAAUUUCGCGAAGCUCUCGAAUUGCAGCGAACCAUCCAUGCUGGCCGGCCGCAUAAUUCGAUACUUCAUUCGCUGCUGCAACUGGGGAGCGCAACCCGUUCCAUGGGCAAGUACGAAGAUGCGCGUGCACACUACGAAAAUGCCCUUGAUAUGCGCAUGGGCAUGAUGCCCAACUCGUCUCCCGAAUCUGUCCUGGGCCUGCUAUACGAACUGGGAUGCACCUGCAUCUUGUGCGGAGACAAUCAGUCAGCAAAGAAGUAUUUGGAGGAGUAUGUUGCGCGAAUCGUCCAAUGCGCCGAGAUCGAUGUAGCAAGGACUUCUCUCAAAGAGGUAUAUUUGAAGCUCGCGAGAAUCGAGACCAACGACAAAAACUACACGAAAGCCAAGGUGUAUGCACAGAAUGCGAUCAACAUACAGUCGAAAAACGGCAGGGUCCACAGGGAGGCUACGGAACUUCUCGCCGAGCUCAAAGUAACUGAACAGGAGUAAAUGUGUCUGGCCGUUCAUUGAUCCAUGGCAGCCCCUGCGCAUACAGUGAGUUUGAUGGUAAUUCGGGCGAGAAUAGACGCUAUAAAUCAGAAUGUGACAUCGAGUUUAUGAGAUACAUUGGUGACCAACAACGCAUACACGGUUCAGGGGUGUGCUCCAUCACAAUGAUCCUGCUUUACUGAUAUUGUGACGAAUACGUGAACGAAGCAGAGGG